AUGCGUGCCGAUCUGCGAGUCUGCGACUCUGUGCUGCAUGUCUCUACCACCGACGGUCUCCGUGACAUGUACCCCUUCGGUAGUGUCAACGACGCCGCCCUCGCCGAGGCUGAGGAUGUCACUGGCCUCACUACCCGAUCUGCCCCAAGCGGCAUCGCCAAGGGGUUCUUCAGGCAGGGAGAGGAGCUCGGCAAGAGCAUCAUGGACGGCCAACUUGGCAGGGUGGGAGGCACGAUUGGGCGAGUUCUGGACCUCUUUGUAGAAGUCAGAGUAGCUCAGAACAACGUCUAA